AAGUAAGGCAGGCUGGGUUGCUGUGUUGGUGGUGGUUAUUCAUCGUCCCUUCUCGUUUCAUGUGUAUGUAUGUAUGCUUCUCAGUGUAUAUGCCUGGCUCUCAGGGUGUAUGGGGCUGCUGAGUGCAUGUGUAGAGUGUGUGUAUAUGUAAAGUAGAAAUUGAACCAGGCUAACAGAAUGAACUACUGUAUGCAAGAAAUAUAUGAAGUGCACCCAGCUGCCAGUAGCAACUGCUACAUGCAAUCUACUGGUUAUUACACAUAUUUUGAAGAUAGUCCGGGUUCCAGUGGUUGUGAUGUUCAGGCUGUGCCCAGUGACAGCAUAUAUAUGGAACAGGCCUGGGCAGUGAAUCAGCCUUAUACCAGUAGUUACCCUGGAAACAUGUUUAAAAGCAAGGACUCUGACUUGGACAUGGCCCUGAAUCAAUACAGCCAACCUGAAUAUUUCACUGAAGAAAAGCCUACUUUUUCUCAAGUGCAGUCGCCAUCGUAUUCUCCAAAAAAAGGGUACAUCCCCAGCUAUUUGGACAAGGAUGAGCUCUGUGUGGUGUGUGGCGACAAAGCCACGGGGUACCACUAUCGCUGUAUCACAUGUGAAGGCUGCAAGGGUUUCUUUAGAAGAACCAUUCAGAAAAAUCUCCAUCCAUCCUAUUCCUGUAAAUAUGAAGGAAAAUGUGUCAUAGACAAAGUCACACGAAAUCAGUGCCAGGAAUGUCGCUUCAAGAAAUGUAUCUAUGUUGGCAUGGCAACAGAUUUGGUGCUGGAUGACAGCAAGAGGCUGGCCAAGAGGAAGCUCAUUGAGGAGAACCGGGAAAAGAGGCGGCGGGAGGAGCUGCAGAAAUCCAUAGGACACAAGCCGGAGCCCUCAGAUGAGGAAUGGGAGCUCAUCAAAACUGUCACUGAAGCACACGUGGCCACCAAUGCCCAGGGCAGCCACUGGAAGCAGAAACGGAAAUUCCUGCCGGAAGACAUCGGACAAGCACCGAUAGUCAAUGCUCCGGAAGGCGGCAAGGUCGACUUGGAAGCCUUCAGCCACUUUACAAAAAUCAUCACACCAGCAAUCACCAGAGUGGUGGAUUUUGCCAAAAAGUUGCCUAUGUUUUGUGAGCUGCCAUGUGAAGACCAGAUCAUCCUCCUCAAAGGCUGCUGCAUGGAGAUCAUGUCCCUUCGGGCUGCUGUGCGCUAUGACCCAGAAAGUGAGACUUUAACCUUGAAUGGGGAAAUGGCAGUGACUCGGGGCCAACUGAAAAAUGGGGGUCUUGGGGUUGUGUCAGAUGCCAUCUUUGACCUGGGCAUGUCUCUGUCGUCUUUCAACCUGGAUGACACAGAAGUAGCCCUGCUUCAGGCUGUCCUGCUAAUGUCUUCAGAUCGCCCAGGGCUCGCCUGUGUUGAGAGAAUAGAGAAAUACCAAGACAGUUUCCUGUUGGCUUUUGAACACUAUAUCAAUUACCGAAAACAUCACGUGACACACUUUUGGCCAAAACUCCUGAUGAAGGUGACGGAUCUGAGGAUGAUCGGAGCCUGCCACGCCAGCCGCUUCCUGCACAUGAAGGUGGAAUGCCCCACAGAACUCUUCCCCCCUUUGUUCUUGGAAGUGUUCGAGGAUUAGACUGACUGGAUUCAUUCUCGUAAUUCCUACAGCACUACGGGGUGUCAUUUCAUUCCAUUGCCUAGCUCUUUCGAGUCUGUUUGUUUCUUUGUCUCUGUGUUGGGAGGGCUUGUUUGGGGGUAAAGGGAGGUGUCCUUGGCAAAGACAUGGAUGAAAUUGCCCCUUGAAUGUGGGUACUUGUAGCUGUUGCAUUGUGUCCCCCAGUCCUUUGAUGUGAAAGCUUUGAAGGUUUUACAGUUGUGGAGGUAGAGAGAGAGAGAGAGAGAGAGAGAGAGAGAGAGAGAGAGAGAGAGAGAGUCAUUAUUUCACCAGCAUCAACCCAUCACCAGCUCCACCUGUCCCUGGUCAAGUCUCCAGCCAGCCACAUGGCACAUAGAAGACUAAGGAAAAGCCUUAAAACCGGAUAAUAUGACCGUCUUGAUCCAGUCUCAUAGUCUCAUUCUUUUGGGGGCUCCAGUUAGCAAAGCACAGACUACCGUUGGCCACAUGCAAUUUUUGAGCUUUUAGGGAAACAUUUGAACACAUUUCCAUUUACCUAUCUGUUUUUAGCCCUUAUUCUCUCCUAGCAGGUUCCCUUGGAAUGUGCAGGAAUAUUUAUGUCCUAACAAAUCAGUCAGCCAUUCUAUAUCAUCUUGUGACCUUUUGAUUUAAUUCUAGUAUUAACAAGGGCGUGACUCAAAGACAUGCAGGUGUCUGACCGAUUGAGGCCACAAGAAAAAUAAUUUUCUUGAGUCACCCCAAAGAGAUUAAGAAGAUUCACCAAUGUUAGUGACUCUGCAGUUUCCAAAAAUUCAGAUAGUAUUACCACGAGAUGAAAAAGGCUUCUUCACAGUUUUGGUUCUCAGAAACAUUCCCACAAAAAUGAAACCUAUUUACAGGGUGUCAUCACUUUUCAAUGGCAUCUGAUCUGUCAGCCCAAGCUCCUGAAUUUAUUCCUCCUGGCUGCAUCUUUGCUGAGCUCACAACAGAUUUCCCCGUGGAUCGUGUCUUCUAAUCAAGGAGACAGGAAUAAGCUGAAAUUUGAGUUCUAUUUGGAGGAAUUCUGCAGCAAGAUUGGUGUGCUUUCAUUCUGAGUUGAAACACAGUAUCUGUGUACUGACUGCUUGAGGACGCUUCCUUCUGAUCCAAGAUCCUCAAGCGCUUUGCUCUGUUCACACUCAUCUUCUAGUUCCCCUUCCCCCUCUGACUCUGAAGCACCACAGAGUUCCAUUCUCCCUAAACACUACCAGCCCCAUACUGAUCCUCCUGUCCCUUCAGCUUUCCCCUGACAGGCGCUCUUGGCAGAAAGCUCCUGCAGAGGGCCUGAGGGAAUGCGCUCUCCCCUGCCCUGGCCAACCUGCUAUCCUACUGCCCUCCCACCCAGUGUGGAGGAACUGUCCCAAGAAACCAGUGGUGACACCUCAUCACUUCAGCUUCAGAAAGUGGUUAGAGAAUGUACCCAUGCAAUUGAAUGUACCUCAUUCCUCACUGGCAUAGUAGAUAUAAACUAUUCUUUUGUCUGCCUUUUACUGCCUUACCCUAGAAAUAUUGGGGAAAAUAAGCCAUAUCACUGAGAUUUACCUAAAAACAAAGGAAUGAAAGUCACUGUGAAAACCAAGUUGACUAGUUUCAUUUUAAGCGUGUGGAGCAUAGUUGGCCUAGAAGUCAGGCCAGGUGAGCUCCAGUGUGUACCCUGCUGGUGGGCAGAUUCGGGACCUUGGGUCUUGGCUUUCUUAUCUGAUGAGCAAAUCAAGACCUCCAAAAUCCUCCUCACUCUCAACACCAUGGAAAUUGGAGAAGGGAGGUUCUUCCGGAUGGUUUCUUUCCUUUUCCAAUUUCUAGCUCAAUUACAAAAAGUAUAGCCCAUUUGCAAUUAAGGAAUAUAUAUUUGAUAUGGAUUCAAAGUAAGAAUUAGAUGCAGUACUAGUGAACUACUCAGAGGAAGGAGUGUGCCUUUGGAGAAGGACGGGAACAGUGCUGAAAAUACUAGAAAUUAUUGGAAAUAAUUGGGGUGGGAGGUGAUGUUCUAAAGCAAUUAUACUGGCUUCAGGGAAAAGGAAACAAGAAUAUCACUACAGAACAUGUUAACGAGAGACAGGAAGCAGAUGAAAAGAAUAAAAACAUAAUCAUGACAGUCUCAGCAUGUUACCUGCUUGGCACUGUCUACAGACAGCUGUUGUGAAUUUCUGCUCUCCGGCCAGUCUCGUGCUUGCUGUUAGCACCUCGGCACCUCUGUUACCACACCUGGGGGAGCACGCUGAAAGGUGAACACUCAGCCCUCUGUAGCUCAAGGGGAUGCAAGGGGUUUCUCCACAUAGGGCAAGACAAGCAGGCAGGGUGCUAGACAGGCUCACAGAAGCUGGGGUCCAGAUCAGAAUGCUUUGGGGGUACUGACAUUGGCCAAAUGUAGCUUACAUCCACAGCCAUCUGGCCAUUCCCGGGCAAAGGGGUGUCUGAUCCUCGGCUCCUUAAUCGAUUGCCUUACCCAGCCAAGCACCACUCCAGAAGUUGAAGGAAGGGUGAACACUCGGUGCUGAUAGAACGGGCCUCAGAGUGCUUCUGGUUCAAAGGCAGAGCUUUAAGGACUCAAAGCAUCUUGCCCCUAGUGAUGCAAGCAGCUAAGCUCAUUCCACAUGAAACUGACAGAGCUACUCAAUGCAUCUCAAGAUUCCAUCUGUAAACCUUGAUUGUGAGGGAUUUACCCCUGAUUUUCUUUUCAGUCUUUUUCCUUAUAUUGUCCAGAUGUCCAAAUCGAGUACAGACCUGAUGGAAGUAACUUUCACACCUCUCCGCGCAAGGGGAGACAUUCCGGUAGAGGAGAACACGCCCACACUGUGGGGGUCUUAGUUAUAAAUCUCUCCCCCUUAGGGACCGGAAGGGGUGGGUGCACGCACCAUGCGCUCUUACGUACCUGUGCGCGCGUGUGUAUAAACCUUCAAGUGUACUUCGCGCUUCAACUUAAACGUGCAGUUUUUCCAGCAACAGUGAAAAUAGGAAGCGAUUUCCUUCUUUACGAUUCUGCUCAAAACAUUGCGCGCCACCUCAGAGCUUCGCUAGUCCAGUAAGCUUCAGUCCCCGAUGACAUGCUCGACGUGUUCACGCUCAGCCCUGCGACGCCUCUCACUUGGUCCCCAAGGGACACCCCCUGAGCCUGCAGCACAACCGUCGGGAGGACCUCCAGGCCCGGCCCUGCUCCGGCAACGCUGUUCUCCACCCCACUGCUCCUUGCAAACAGGUGUACAAGCCUUGGCCCCCCGACACUGCCCCGCACCCCAACUCAGCCUCCGCGGGAUUGCUGAGCGCCCUCAAAGCAUGUCAUGUCAAUGAUACAUUUUUACUCUGUGGAACUCUAACCUAUCCGUGUCAUAUUGACCUUUUGCUGCAUGAGUCCUAAAUUAUAAAGUCGGUCUUACGGUUUUUUUGAAAUGUAGCCAAUGUUUGUAAGGCUAAACCUUUUUUCAUAAAUUCAAGUGACUAACCAAGUCGCUGCGCUCCUCGAAAGGAGAGUAAGGAUAGACAGUUGAACCUCUCUGCCCGCUCCAACGGCCAUAGCACCUGGUUCUAAAAUAAGCUCGUAAUUUUUCCUGUUAUUUUAAUAAUAUGGAAAUAUUAGCAUAGUGUUCCUUUUGAUAGUGAUAGAUGGUAAUCCAUAUUUAAAUUUUAUAGAGAAAUUUUAUUGUACUGUGAUGUAGAUAUUUAUUAUCCAGCUAAGGAUUUGCCCAGUGUGUAUUUUUUACAAUUGAAAUAUUUUACUUUAAUCUUUAAAAAAAAUUGCUUUAAACCUUCCCCAAAAAAAAACAGACUAGUGGGAAAAAAAGGUUUGGCCUUAUCACAGAAUUUUUACUGUGCUGUAUAAAUGUUUGCAAAUGCAAAACCUGUGCAUUUCUAGUGUGUUUCCACAUUAACUAAUGCCGCCUUCAAGAGCAAUAUCGUGCAGGUAAAAAAUGCUGUUUGUGGCUUUCUGUUGCACAGUUUAAAGCUGACCCACCUUAUGCACAAGACAAUCAAAUCUCAGUCUGUUCUCCUCAGGAUACAGAGCGUCCUCGUGUAAAUGCUGGAGCACACUGUGGGAGAGAAAAAGACAUUUCACACGUGCAUUGACGCAGGAAUGAUCAGGGCAUGAAAGCUGACGUGACUGUACACUGUUUCUUUCUUUCAACUCUUCCUCACAGACUUGGCUUCUUUAGUUUGGUCAGAGCCAGAUUAGUUCUCCAUGCUUCUUUUCUUUCUUUCUAUACUGUUCUCAUGCCCUGAGGAUCAGGAAAAAAAAAUGCUACAGAAAAGAAGAUUUACACUCAUUGGAAGAUUUAUGUUUUGCAAACAGUGUUAAGUGAUAUUGCUAGAUUGGUAAUAUUUUUCAGCCUAAAACUCUGUUGAAAUCUGUGAUCAAAAUGUUUUAAACUAUUCAAAAAGAAAAUUUGUAUAUUUGGGAAAAAUGAAUUUUUACAUAGCUUUUGUAUGCAGAUAUCAAAUUGUAAUUAUGAAUAUAGUGGGCGUAGAUAAACUCAUAAGCUUAAAUUCUAUAAAAGAAGAAAAAAAGAAAAGCUUAUAAUGGA